AUGGAGACCACCUGGGCCCCACUCGUACCCACGACAAUGGGCUCAGGGAGGGCCAGCACGUCGACAGAUGCUGCGCGUGCCACAGCCGCCGCCACGUCGAAUCAGGUCAACGACGUGUCGCUCGAUCCGUUCUCGAUCGGUUGCUUGCCUUCCACUGUGGUGCAGCGCAUACUCAGCUUUGUCCCGGUGGCCGACCUUGCGAACUGUGCUCUAGCAGCCAGACCACUAGCGCGCUUUGUCGCCGACGAGAGGCUGUGGGCCCAGAAGCUUGCCUUUCUUCAGUACAAGCAAAUACCUGGACGUGACCUCCGUUACAAUCCAGAUCUCUCCACCGUUUCGACUUCACGAGAAACCAAAGAUGAAGCACGGCCAGAUCGAAAGAACAGCGUCAGCUCUUGUUCAGCGAAACCCGACGCGAGUAGCGCUGUGUCCAUGCCUCACAACCCAUCCACAGUUAGCAACCACGACGAUGACUUUGGUGACUUUGAAUCCGCUACCAUCACGAGUCCAGACGACGAGAGUUUCGGAGGCUUCCUCUCCUCGAAACCGACUCAGCCCGGCCAGAGUUUUUCUUCGGCUCCUGUCUUUUCGUAUCGCGCCGAGUCGAGGCUUCCUAUGCCAAGCACAGAUCCGGAUUCAGCCUACCAGACGUUUAAGCGCAUCGCCAUCUCGCUGAAACCGUUUAUCCAGAGUCUGCUGUUCGAGACGUCACCGACAACGUCGCUAGUGUUCACCGAUCCCAGCUUGUCGUCGCUCUCAUCGCAGGCGCAGAUGAUCUGCAAUGUGGCGCGCUUCACAGGUCCGCUCGUUCUCGGCUCCUUCGCCAGAACCCGCUCGACAGUUUCUGAAGAUCCACAAGCUUACUCGGAUGGCUUGGAUUCAGAAUCGAGGCUGCGCAUGUCGAUCAGCCAAGCAGCCGACUACCUCGAAGGUGUUCUCUUGUCCGCUUUCGAAGGAGCCGAUGCGAGACGCACCGAUGCAUUGCGUGCGGGGCAACGGGGUAUGGACGUCAACAAAGCGGUCGAGCGCGCCGAGCGCGACAUGAACGAACAUGCUACCUUGAUCUGGAAUCUCGCCAUCUCGACCGCCAAGUCAUUAUCGCACUCCGACUUGGUCGAUAGUAGCUCCACAGUAGCGCAAGCCGAGACGACCAACUUCUUGGCGCUUCUAGAUCGUCCCGGUCACGCAGCGGCUCUGAGCUUUCUCGACAAACGCGAUGCGCUUUUCAAGCGCACUCUGCAUAGACCCGAGUCCAACUUUGUAAGCAGCUCGACACAGACGCGUCCAGCGCUCGACUUCACCGCCAUGGACACAUUUAUGGCCGAAGUGCUUGCCAACCUCGAGACGGACGGUUCGCUUGUGGCACGCGUGUUUCCUGCAGAGCAGCAGGUGCUGCUUGCCUUUGCCAGCCGUCUCACCAACGAGGUAGUUGGCGAGUACAUCAAUGGAGUGCUGACCAGGGCUCGAUCGAUCGAUCUGCAUGUCUACCUUCAAGCGGCAGCUGCUACGUUUUUGCAGGCUCUCAAGGUGGCGGACACGUUGGAGACGAUCGAGCCGCGGCAUGUGCACUUUGUCACGCCCGCACGCUGCCGUGCGAUUGUGCUGUCCAUGUUCGAGGCGCAUCUCGACGAGUAUCUCCAGGAAGAGCGUGAUUGGGUCCGCAAUGUUAUGGUAGACAUCUGCAACGAGAGCGCAGGAGCGAGCAGAUCAACAGAUAGAUCCAAGUCGAACCGCCGUGGCACGCCAGCUCAGACGAUGGAUACGGCGUUUCUGGCCAGCAGCAAUCCAGCGCAGGUGAAGCGCAACGUGCUUAGCGGAUUCAAGGAUGUGCUGCUCAUGCCGGUCACGGUGGUCCCGCGUGCAGCCGGAGCGGUCGGAGGAGCCGUGAUCCGUACAGCAGGGACUGGACUCAGUCAGCUCAAUCCGCUAAAGUGGCAGCAGAGUUCUGCAGCGGGCGGACGUAGUGUCAGUGCAUCCAACUUGGCGCUGGGUACACCGCAACGGUCCAGCACGCCAGCGGCGGCGGGCGCGGUCGCAGCUAACAACGGAUACGUCGAUUUCAGCAAAGAGGUACUGGGCGGUCCGCAAGGUCACGUGAUAGGAGACGACGACGAUAGCGACGACGAAGAGGUGCAAGCCAGCACGGCUAAUGAGAAGAUGGACGACUUUGGUGGAUUCGCCGAUGCAAGUCUUACGACCGAAUGGAACGAAAAAGGUGCGGAUCAGCGCAACCAACGCGGCUCGGCGGGUUGCGGUGCUGAGGCGGUCGAGGUUGGAGAAUGGGGAGCCAAGGUAGGUGUGGCGAAGGAUGAGUCAGAGCGGCUACCUGUUACGACGGAGAAGCGGACGUCGGCUGGGGGGAACGAGAAGGGGUUUGAACGGCUGCAACUGCUUCUAUCGCUGGAUACGGCACUGUCGUUGAUCCAGGUGCAUCGCGAGUCGCUCAAGCGGAUGGAGGCGUUUAUGGUGUACCCUCGAGCGACGUUGCAGGGACGACGGGUUCAGGACGAGAUUGAAGAAGUGUGCCUUUCGCUGUUUCAGGUGCUGGGCGAGCAGCAUAUGGCGGCUGGCUUCUCGCGGGCAACGCACUCGAUUCAGCAGUGGAAUCCACUUUGCGACAACGAGGCGAGCGACACGGACGAGCGGGCACCAAAGUCGACGCAGGUUCUUCCGCUCGUGCAGUUUUUCGAGCUGACACACAUUGCGGAUACUAUCUCGCAGCUGUGUUCGGUGUACUUUUCACAGACGCUCGUGGGACUAGUUGGGCUAGAUGUGGAGGAUUUUUUGAACCCGGUGAUUCGCGCCAAGAAGACGUUUGAGGCGAAUCUGGACGAGUACGUUGCGUUGGGUCUAUCGGUAUCGGUGGAUUUACUGAUGAAGCGAGCCGAGUGGAUCCUGUUCAGUCAGCGCGAUCCUAUGGACUACGCAGCGAGUAGUAUAGCAGAUCUAGGCUCGCCAACACGUGCUACACGCUCGACUCUGCAAAUGCUAUCGUACCACUGUUCGCUGCUGAUCGGUGCGACCGAUCGCGAGAUCCUCGAUCUGUUCUAUACCGAAAUCGGAUCGCGCCUCUUCCAUCUGCUCUGCAAACACGUCAAGUCACUCACCAUCUCGCAAACCGGUGGGUUCCAACUCAUCUCGGACCUCAACCACAUCUCAACAUUCAUCGCACAGCUCAAAUCCAAAGACACACACCUAGCCACCCUGUACAACUCGCUCAAAACGCUCGCCAACUACUACAUCGUAGACGGCCAUCAACUCAUCGCUCUCCUGAAAAAAGACUCGUCCGCCCAGGACGGCGUCAAACCGCACCGCGUCGAUGGCUUCGUCUUUGGCCAGGAGGAGCUCUACGAGUUUCUCAAGUCACGCCAGGACUUCAGGCUGAUUGAGAAACACGUUGAUCACGAGAUCUUCGGCUUCAAGUUGAGCGAGGAUUGCAUUGUGUGCUAG